UGUGCAUAUCACACUUAAAUUUGUGAGGAAGCCUUAUAGUGGUGGAUCCGCGUGAAAAAGUGAACACGCGGAGGAGUUUUCGCAGCUUUUAAUUCCUAUCGAUCAUUUUAUUUCUUAAAUAGUACGACAUUUCUGCCUACAUAUUUACUACAAUUGAGUUAAAUCAGUAGGCUACUUUUCCAAGCACGCAUAUGUUAAAGUUCGGAUUUUCUCAUCAGAUAAUAACGCGUCUUUUUUUUAACUCGUCGAUUUACUUUUGCUUGUAGGAAAACAUGCAUAUAUUAUUCAAAUCAUUUCCACGUCCGCAUCUUGCCCGGACCACAAAAAAGGAAAACUCCCUUAGGUAGAGAGGGAGGAGAACAGUGCAGCCUGGUGUCUGGACUGAGCGGCUGUGAAACACAAGUUAAUAGUUUUUUGACUUUUCUGACAGUUUUAUUCAUGGAUUUGACUCAGGAAUCCAUCAUUUCUCUGCUGGUGUUGGAGGGUGGCAAAGUGAAGAAAUCCGAGCUGGUGGUGAAAUUCGGAUCCUCAGUGGACUGCGUCGAUCCGGCGGAGAGAGAUCGGAACAGAGAGCUCUUCAAGACUUUUGUGAACAAUGUCGCUUACGUCAAAGAGAUCGACGGAGCCCGGUACGUCGUUCUCAAAAAGGUCUACCAGCAUUUGCUCGGAGGAAGCCAAACGACUGAAAACAGUACUGAUAAUAGUAAUCAGGAGAUGUCAGGUGAGCAGGAGCAGAGUCCACCUGUAGAAGAUGAAAAGACUGAGAACUCCAUGGACCCUAGAGGGCCCACUGUUUCUGAGGGACAUCCUGUAUCCUUAUCUCCCAUACAGCUGGCCCUGCAGAGGAGCAAGUGUGAGGAGAACAAAGUUAAAAAGAUGCUGAAUUUUGAUGUCAACAGGAAGGAGAAAGAUGAAGCCAAGGUGCAGAGCAAACCGUACGCUCUGCCUUUGAGAAUGCCAGCUUCUACCAGGGUGGAGAUCCACAAACUGAAGCCAAACUCAGAAGAACUUCCCAAGAGCCAAAAACUAAACACCAUCAAAGCCAAGAGGAAGCCAUCCUCAGUGGACAGUCAUUCGCCCCAGCUGAGGAGAGCAGCAAGGAGCUCCAAGGUUCCAGAGGAUCUUGGCGGAGACUCAAGGAUUUCCUCCAUGUUCCCCCUGGACCAUGCAGAGCAUGAGUGGCUGGUGAAGUGUGCUGCAGGCCACUGGAAUCAGGUCUAUGGCCUGCUGCUCAGCGACUGCAAGCUCGCAGACAGGAAGGACUUCAUCUCAGGGUUCACCAUCCUUCACUGGGCUGCCAAGUGUGGGAACAGUAAGAUGCUCCUCAAGGUCAUGGACAUGUUCCGUGAAGGAAGGGUCGACGUCGACAUCAACGCAAAAUCACACGGGGGGUACACUCCCUUACACAUAGCUGCUCUGCACGACCAGGAGUACAUCAUGGCUAUGUUAGUGGGCGAGUUUGGGGCUAAUAUGACCAUUAGAGACAACUGCGGGAACAGGGCCUACCACUACCUGCAUAAAGGCAUUUCCAAAACUAUCAGGGAGAUGUUGAGUGAGCCCAAAGCUCAAGCACAAACUCAAGAGAAGGGCCCUCUUUCCCAGAGAGAGGAGCAGGACUUGCUGCCAGACCUCUCCAGGGGUCUGCACUCCAUAACCCGUCUCUUCCAGCCGACGGUGAUCAGCCACAAGAAGAAAAACAAUCAGAGGUCCGGACUUUACUCUCUCAGCGAGGAGGAGCAAGAAGACUCUGGCUUCAGACACAGAGUGAUGUCUAAUGCUUCUAUGUGUUGAUGAACGAUGGAAACGUCACUUUAUUCUGUUUUUUCGGUCCUAAUUCAUCAAACAAGACAAAUACAACACAACAGACCAGGCAUGGGCCAGUAUGAAAUUCUCACAGCAUGAUAACCUUCAGUACAAAUGUUCUAGUAGUUGGUUUUUUUUUGUUAGUUUUUUCCCGUUCUAGUAGUUUUACUAAAAAAACAGAAAUGCAAAUAGUUAUUCCUGCUGCUGCUAAAACAUAUUGACAAUUACAGGCGUAAUAAAGCAAUUUAUAAAAUUUUUUUGAUUUUCAUACAGAGACUUUAGUAAAAAUUUAAAACAAACACCCAUAUUAAAGAGGGUCUUAACCCCUGAGCUAAAAUAUUAAACUUUUUUAUAGUCAUUCUGCCUUUUAUAAAGUAACAUGUGCAUAACAAAGCCAAUAUUAACUGGUAGAUUAGUCAGGCUAGAUAACUUGCCAACUUUAGCUUUAAAUAAGAGUGAUGACUUGUGUUUUUCACGUACAAAAAUAUCACAGACAGCCAAAUGUAUCUUUCUUGUAAGCAAGUGAUAACUGUAGUAGCCUUCUUUCAGCUGGCUGGCCAGCAGUGCACAGCAACGAGGCGGGGGGCUUUCACGUUGCCUCACCAUGAAAACGAUAAUAAUGCUGAUCUUAUUGCCUUAAUUUAAAAAAGAAAACAAUUAUUCCUAAUUAUUCCUGCUAAAAUAACCUGGCAUACUGACAGUUACAGGUGCAGUGAUAUAAUCAAUAACAUUUGUUUUAUAAUUUUCAGACACACACUUAAAUUGAAAUAUUCAGCCAUUAAAUUUAAGAAUAUGUCUGAAACGCAGAAUAUACACUUUUAUAGCAUUUCUGUUUUUUAUAGACUGAGACAGAUAUAACAAACUAAUAUUAAUGGGUUAAUUAAAUUGUGAUGUGGGAACUCCUUUAGUCCACAUCAUGAGCUGUAUUUUUAACAACCCCAAUUAUUUCCACACAGCCAAAUAUAUCUUGCUUGUAAGCAAGGGAUAAUUGUAGUAGCCUUCUUUCAGCCCCUUGACCAGCAGGAUGCAGCAACAGGUGGGGGAAGGGCUGCACUGCUUCACUCCUGUUUAUUGAAACAUUGUAACACAUUUUUAUGUGGUUUUUAAUCAGUUUUUAAUCAUAUCCGUUUCAGAAAGAAAUGUUAUUGAUGUUUGGAAUCUAUUUUCAAAAGAACUUAAUACAAGUAAAGAAUUUACUGAUCAAGACUCAACAUGUUUUGCUUUCUGAGUUGUGUGAUCAUGGGGGGAGGCUUUACAAAGGGCAAAAAUAAAAUGAGGGACGUAUGUGUGAAUCCAAAUCUUCAGUAGCACUACAAUUCAUUAAAAAUUUAAAAUGUCAGUGAAAUGCAUGGAAAUGUUCACUUCUUUUUGUAACAAAAACUUUUAAUAAGUUCCAUUAAAGUUCUCGGAUGUUCUAAA